GGUAAGACUUGCAAGGCGAGAGUGGGGGCGAAGCGCUACGGCGCGGGGAGGAGGCUCCCGUCCCGGACUCCGCGUUAGGCCGGAGUGGGGGGCGCGGCGCUGCCACUCCAGUGUUCAGCAGGGGGCGCUGCUCCGGGCGUUGGGCGGGGGUGGGGUGGGAGAGGAGGGGGGGCCGCGACUUGCUGCGCACACUUCCCCCAUUAUUAAACACUAUGUUCAAAAGGCGCCGGGGGACUUCCCGGAGCCACGGAGCCCGCGCCGCCCGCCCGCCUGGCCCACGGAGCCCAUGGACCUGAGCGCGGCCGCCGCGCUGUGCCUCUGGCUGCUGAGCGCCUGCCGCCCCCGCGACGGGCUCGAAGCGGCCGCCGUGCUGCGAGCGGCGGGGGCAGGGCCGGUCGGGAGUCCGGGGGGCGACGGCGGCAGCGGCAGCGGCGGGCGGACCCUCGCCCCGGCUGCGGGCGUCUCCGCUGCCCCGGCCGCCGCGGCUCCCGGAGUCCGCGCCGCGCGCCGCGCCGCCGGCUCCGGCUUCAGGAACGGCUCGGUGGUGCCGCACCAGUUCAUGAUGUCGCUUUACCGGAACCUGGCCGGGAGGGCUCCGGCCGGGGCAGCCGCCGCCUCCACCUCGGGCUCUGGCCGCCACGGCCGCGCGGACACGAUCACCGGCUUCGCAGACCAGGCGAACCAAGACGAAUCCGCAGCCGAGACCGGCCAGAGCUUCCUGUUCGACGUGUCCAGCCUUCCCGACGCUGACGAGGUGGUGGGAGCCGAGCUGCGCGUGCUGCGCCGCGAGUCCCCGGAGCUGGGCCCCGUCAGCGCGACUCCCCUGCCGCUGCUCCUGCUGUCUACUUGCCCCGGCGCCGCCCGAGCGCCCCGCCUGCUGCACUCGCGGGCCGCGGAGCCCCUGGCCGGAGCGCGCUGGGAGGUGUUCGACGUGGCGGACGCAGUUCGGCGCCACCGCCAGGAGCCGCACGCCACCCGCGCGUUCUGCCUCUUGCUGCGCUCAGUGGCCGGGCCCUCGCAGGGCCCGUUGGCACUGCGGUUGCUGGGCUUUGGCUCCCGGGGCAGGGACGGCGCGGCGGCCGAAGAGCGCGCUCUGCUCGUGGUUUCCUCCCGCACGCAGAGGAAGGGGAGCCUGUUCCGGGAGAUCCGCGCCCAGGCCCGCGCGCUCGGGGCCGCGCUGGCGGCAGAGCCUCCGCGGGACCCGGGACCCGGCACCGGGUCGCCGACAGCGGUCAUCAGCGGUCGCAGGCGGCGGCGGACGGCGCUGGCCGGGGCGCGGGCGACGCAGGGCAGCGGCGGGGGCGGGGGCGCGGGCCGGGGCCACGGGCGAAGGGGCCGGACCCGCUGUAGCCGCAGGCCGCUGCACGUGGACUUCAAGGAGCUGGGCUGGGACGACUGGAUCAUCGCGCCGCUGGACUACGAGGCGUACCACUGCGAGGGCGUUUGCGACUUCCCGCUGCGCUCCCACCUAGAGCCCACCAACCACGCCAUCAUUCAGACGCUGCUCAACUCCAUGGCGCCGGACGCGGCGCCGGCCUCCUGCUGCGUGCCCGCGCGCCUCAGCCCCAUCAGCAUCCUCUAUAUCGACGCCGCCAACAACGUGGUCUACAAGCAGUACGAGGACAUGGUGGUGGAGGCGUGCGGCUGCAGGUAGCGUGAGGGCCCGGCCCGGCCAGGGAGGGGGGCAGGCAGCCGCGCCACCGAGGACCCCCUGCUGAAGAGCAGCUGUGGGCCGGGGCCUGUCACUGAGCGUGGGUGCGCGUCCGCCUCUGGUCCCGCGCCCGCACGGAGGGAGAGCGCACGUUCACACUCACACCAUCGCUCACACCCACACACUCGUUCACUCAUGCACACCUUUACCGUGGGCAGCGUCCGCCAGCCCUGGGAGCAGACGACCUGACGCUACCGAGUGACGCAUACCGAUGGGGAAUGACACAUCCCCAUCGUACCCGUCGUCCCCUUUUGGAGAGAGGAUGGUGUUUGUGGCAGUGUUAACAAUCACAGGCGCUCAAUCGGGUAGGAACGGGUUAGGGAAUUGGGGGCUCCAGAAUGGGUGGACUAGUGGGGUACUGGAGUACGUUUUGUCUGACCCCUUUCUGUUUGUGGCUGAGUGUAGGGGAGCACCUGGCUGGGUGGCUGAGUGUUUGGUGUUACACCCUGGGACCAACUGAACAGCUGUAAUGUCCUUUCUGAAGGUGUGCGUGGCAUGGAGGCCGUUUACUCUGGGAAGGAACCGCUGCAAAAGGCAUCUUUUUUCCUUAACUUAAAAAAGUCUAACAUGCCCUUUCAGUUUUGAAAGGGAACAUUUGUCGGAAAGAAUGCAUCGCGGGGAACUACCCAGAUCUGUGCAAAGGCCAGCACUACCCUUUUAAAAAAAAAUCAGUUCCAAUUAGGAAUGAUCUAGAAUGUGGAAAAAAAAAAGUGUUUUUCUUUUUGGGGGAAGUGAAAUGGAGGAGAGUUUUUUAACUGCCAGCCUGAUUUGAUGUGGAGUUGGGGGUGGGGUGGCAUGUGCCAGGUUCUGAAGCUCCUAUGGGCAGCUCAAGGAGGUAGCGAGCGAGCCUUGGGGGUGCUGAGGAGGAGGCUUGGUGCAGUGGCUGGGAAUGGGGAAAGGCGGGCGGCUCUGCCUAUUCCUAGAGACCUGACAGGAGGUUUCGCUAGGGAGCUGGGAAAGAGGCCGGGAGGCGUCUUGGGGCGGGCUUCUGCAGAAGACUCAGGCUUGUCUGCCAGGUAGGCGCAACCGGCUCCAAAUGGUGUGCUCAGAAUGGGCCAAGAUGUGCUUGCGCUUAGCUAUCAAGUCUGUGUCGGCUCUUACACGCCUUCACAGUGUUGUUGCUGUAGUUUUUGGCAGUGUGAUAGUAACGGGAAGUGAAGCUACACAAAAGUGCUUUUGUGAGAUUUCAGCUCCCCACAACCCAGUGGUGCAGAGCGGGGAGGAAGGCCCCCCUCCCUCUGCAGCGUGGAGGGGCAUUUUCAGUUUGGCUGCUGUGGCCCCUUCGGAAGGGCGUUGGGGGGCCUUGGUGUGGCCAAGCAGAGGUGGAAGCCUGUCUCCCAGUCCCCAUUGUUUUAUUUGGUUCAUUUCUGCCUGGGAGUCCUUUGUGGCUUUGAGGGAAGGAGGAGAAACAAUUUGGAUUCCACCUGUCCAGGGCUCCGAGGGCUUCUUUGAAAAACCCUGCAGCCCUGCUGGGUACUCCUAUUUAAGGCUCUGUUGGGGUUUCUCCUUUACCGUUCCUGGGAAAGGCAAGCAUUCCAUCCUUCUGGUCUUGGAUGGUAAGGUCCAUAGAUGAGUUAUUCAAAUUUUAAUUCUCAGUGAUUAAACGUGUAAGAGAGAGAGAGAUACUGAAGAUUUAGACAGCUAAUUGACUUAAGGGCCCCACCUGAGUCCUUUUAUUAUCUUGUAAAAUUCCCUCAAAAGAAAAUACAUUUAUAAUGUGAAUUUAUGUGCUGUGGCUAUGUGAGUAGCUAUAAAUAAUAAGAUGUAAGUCUCUUUAGGUUAAAACAAACUUCCCAAAGCGGCAGCUUUGGUAUAUGCAUGGUCCCCUACGUUUGUGGAUUUUGCCAGAGAAGCUUCACUUUUCUAAAUUGAUUUUAAUAAUUGCAUGGUGAUUGCCCUGUCAUAAUGAAGAAUAAAGAAUGACACUAAAAGGUUGUAGUAUUUGAAGUUUUAGAAAGGGAGUUAAUAAGAAACUCGCUAUUAUUCUGGAGAAAUUCUAGGUUAUUUAAUAUCUUGGACAAAAGGAAACAUUUUGAUUCUUUUUUAGUGACUAGGAAAAACAAGUUUUGGGGAAGACAUGUUUUGAUUUAGCCUGAGCUUUUUUGCGGCAAGAAAAAAAUGUCCGUUUUCUUUGUUUCUUCCUAAUGACCUCCUUCCAUCGAGAUGUGUUGUAAGUGAUGUGGGAAGUAGGCAUCUUCCUAUGUCUUGAGGUCCAGGCUGCAUCAUGUGUCCUUGGGCAGUGACAGCUCCUUCCAGGGUCUCAGAUGCCCUCAGGGUGUUCUUGUUUACUGAAUGGAAGGAAUGCCUCCCCGAAUUGUUCUGGAAUUGGGUGGAGCCACCCACAGACCACCUGUGCCCUCUACAACUCUGCCUGGGCCUCUGGCAUCUUAGAGUUCAAAGCAGGUGAACAGAGAAGAUGUGUCACACCUUGUAAAAAUGACAGCAGAAGGGCCACCGCUUCUGGGUUUUGCUGCUACGAUGUGGUUCGACCAGCGUGGCCAGGAUUUGGAGAAGGAUUCUGCCAGCACGUUUGGUAGUAUGGUACUGUCUUCUAGGCAGUGGGGCGCCGGGGGGCGGGGGGGCCCGAAUCACUCAGCUGGGAGCCCCAGUCCCCAGCCAUGGGAGAGCUGGCUGCUGGCAAGCAGAGAUAAAGUGUGUCAGGACUGUGAGUGAAGGCAGCCCCCCACUCUAUCCCGACUUGGGCCCCCCUGGGUCUAGGGCCACCAAAAUAUUCUUCCUAAAGUACGUCGAGUUUUCCGUUUUGUGGGGAGAGACUUGUGUAUUCUAGCUGAGACAUUUGAACCACUCCUCCUUGCUGGAGAACAGGGUGGGCAUCCCUGCUUGGGGAGCACAGGGCUGGCCAGCUGGGGCGUUGGUACCUGGUCUGCCAAACACGAGGACAGGCUAGUCACUGCUUCUGGAAGCCAGACAUUUCCACUGGCAGACAGCUGUGUCCACUGAUGCCCAAAUGCUUCCCUGGUUGAAUUCUGGCAUUCCAAGCAGCAGCACUGGGCUCUCCCGAGAGGGUGGCAGGCUCUGUUGCCUUAGCUUGAGCUCUGCCCCUCCAUUACGUACACACUCCCCUUCGCCCUGGCGUCCUGGCGUUUUACUGUCAAAGUGGCAUGGGAAAAAGAAGAGCUGUGGAUUGUGUGAAGUCGAGUCAAAUCCAGGAAACCCAGUGCAGUGUCAGGUCCCCUGACAGUCUCCUGGAAGUGUCAACAGGACUGGGGCUCUUGCUGUCAGUGCUGAGGGGAGUAUAGACCACCCUGUGGAUGUAAUCAGAGUGUAACUCAAAUCCUACAAGUCAUUUAUCCUGUUUGUAAUUUUAUUCAGACUCAUACCAGAAAAUAACCCGGGACUGUAGACUGAUUUUCUUUCUUAAAGCAGGGAGAAAAAUUGAAUUCUUUCCAAGAGGAGCUUGUGCACAGAAAAAGGCAGACUCUCGCCUCACUUGAAUCUGGUGUCCAGAAAGUCCGAUGAGAAGAGAAAGUACAGCAGCUGUGUCUGGGACACAAACAUCGUUAGGGCCUAUGUCCAUGGGGACGCAGAAGUGUCCCCAGGCCCAGAAAGCAGGGCCCUCUCAGUGGGCCUGGGCCAGGAGCCUCCAGCAGAUGCCAGGUGGCUUGGGAGCACCGAGGGUCUGGAAAGCAGCCAUCUGUCAGAGGCAGCGAAUGACCUGCAUUGUCCCCCCAGGUGUCUGGACUGGGAAGGAGAGGCAGCUGGCAAGUGAACCCAGCAGUUAGAAGACGUUGGGAUUGGGAUGGGAGGGACUAGGUCUCUCUGAGGUCUGUCUCAGCAGCACUGGUGUAUCUGUGGACUUCUGCACACCCAGGAGUGAACUGCCCCAUGCUGUCACCUGCUGUCUGCCUGUUGCAUGGUCACUUGGGUGCCAGAGCUCUGCAAGGUGCCUCCUGGGUCAGUCUGGGCAACCAUCUCCCUGCCCGGAGCUCCCACUUCCGCCCCUGUAAAAUGAGGAGCUCUCCAGUUCCGUGGGUCUAGGGUUCUACUUGGUCCCAAAGCCCACUAACAUAGUUCACAGGCAGAGCGGAUGUGACUGUUCCUGGAAAGGGUCCCCUUCCGAUAUCGUAGGUGCUUCUCACAAGUAUCACGGCUCUUGCCUGUGUAUACAUGUAUGUGUAUGUGUGUGUCCAUUACACUCCUGGCCUCUGUUGGUGCUUCCUGGAUGUGGCUUUGAUUUCUACCUGGGUCAAGGCAGGUGCAGGAGAGGCUAAGAUCUUGGGGGUAGAACUCACCUCCCCAGAGCCAUGACCAUUCCUGUGUCCGAAGUGAGGGACCUGUGCUCACACAGGGGUAGGUAGAGCCACAUUUGCUGAGAUUGUUCUGUGACCAGAUCCUGGGAAGGUUGUCCCCUGCUGCUGGUGCGUCUGUGGGAGCAGCAGAGGAAAGAAAGGCUGGGCCUUGCUGGCAGCCCAGACAGGGACCUGGGACUGUCCCAGAGUCCCUGGAGGAGGCAAGCAAGCCUAUGUAGGAGUGAAGUGUGCCAGCCCUCCUCACUGCCAUGCCUGUGUCUGGUCCAGCUCGCUGGAGGAGUGACCCGGGGGCAGGCAUCAGGACAGCUUCUUCUCUUUCUUUCAGGACAGCUUCU